GCUAGGGGGAGGCCGCCCCAUCUCUCGCGGGCCACCGAGGGACUAAGGGUGGCCAGUGCACCCGGUCCUGGCAGGGGGAAAGGACCACAGGUCCCUUCAGCCUAGGGGGGCCCCUGGAGUCUCCUAUUCCUCCACACCUGGUGCAAGGGUUCCGUUCCCUCUGGCAGUGGAAGGGUUAACCACAUACCUGGGCAGCUGCCUCUGGCAGAUCAGACCUCAGCAUGCUGCAGCUGGUGAGGGGCUGCGGGGCGCUGGAGCCCAGAGAGAAUGAGCCCAAAGCCUGAGCGGCUGCACGGCCCAGUGAGCCAGCCCCCGGCUCCCCCACAGCUCUUGGGGCUGCCAGGGUCCCUGCUCCCCACACUGGUUGUUUUCCCCAGGAGCCCAGCAGGCGAACAGGAGGAUUCCAUGGACAGGAAGGAAACAUGUCUCCGGGUGGUGGUCAGGGUUCGGCCCCUGACCUGCCAGGAGCUCCGCAGAGGGGACCAGCGUGUGGUGCACUGCCUUGGGGACAACACCAUUUACGUGAAUGCGGCCGGGCAGGAGGCGGCCUUCAGGGCAAGUGCAGCGUUCGAUGCAGGCACGUCCCAGGAAGGGCUGUUUGAAGGCAGCGGGAUGAAGCGACUCAUAGAGCUGGCAGCAAAUGGGUUCUCCUGCACUGCCUUUGCCUUCGGCCAAACAGGCUCUGGAAAGACCUACAGCUUGAUGGGACCCUUAGCUCAGAGCGAGGGCCAGCCGGUGACUCCCUACCUCGGGGGGCUGAUGCAAAGGGCCUUUGUGUGUCUCCUGGAGCAGACGCAGUGCUACAGACCCGGCCUCGUGCUCAGUGCCUCCUAUGUGGAGAUACACAAUGAACAGGUGAGAGACCUGCUGAGCCCAGGGCCGCCCAGGCCCCUGCCCGUGCGAUGGAGCAAAACCAGGGGCUUCUACAUCGAGAACCUGCUGACCGUGGAGUUUGGGAGCCUGGAGGCCAUCAUGGACCUGCUGCAGGAAGGCACCCGACGGCGGCGGAGCGCCGCACACGUGCUGAAUAGGCACUCGAGCCGCAGCCACGCCCUGCUGACCAUCCGCAUCCACCGCAAGGCUCUAAGCCCAGACCCCAGCUCCUGCCAGCAAGGCGUGCUCUGCUUCGUGGACCUGGCUGGCAGCGAGAGGGUGAAGGACACCGGCUCAGCUGGGGAGCGCUUAGUGGAGGCCAGCAACAUCAACCGCAGUCUCCUGGCUCUGGGGCACUGCAUCUCGCUGCUGGUGGACCCCAGACGGAGGCGAAAUCACAUCCCGUACAGGGACAGCAAGCUCACCCGGCUGCUGGCGGAGUCCCUGGGCGGAUCCGGGAUCACGCUCAUGGUCGCCUGCAUCUCCCCCUCCUCGCGCUGCCUCCCGGAGACACUGCGCACGCUGCGCUUUGCCAGCAGGGCCAAGAAGGUCACCACCAAGCCUAUGGCACACAGGGUCUCCCGGGAGAAGCUGCUGCGAAGUUUGGAGCAAGAAAUCCAGGCCCUGCGGGAGGAAAACCUCUCUCUGCGCCAGCAGCUGCGUCUGCCCAGGAUACGGGGCGAGAGCCCAGCCACCCACACACCCCCCACCCAGCUGCCCGAGUGCCAGGGAGAGAGCCGUGCCCCCGGGCAGAGAGGGGCCCCAAGGAGAGCACCCGGCUCGGCCAGGCGCAGCCUCUCUGGCCUCCUACAGGACUUUGUGCUGGAGAAUGAGCAGCUCAGACACCUGGAGCUCCCCCCGGCCUUCAGCAGCUGGGGCCACGACAGACGCUCCCCCGAAGCCGCCCCCAGCUCCUGCAGCAUCCAGGCCCCACCCUGCCCCCGCCCUGUCCCCGGCGCAGCCCAGUGCGGCCACACGCUGGCUCCUGUCCACACCUGCCGCUGCCCCCGCUGCUGUGCUGUCCGGCCAGCCCAGGCCACCCCCUGCCAGCGCUCCCAGCUGCUGAGGGAGCUGCCGCCAUGGGAGGUGCUUGCUGCCGAGAGCAGUUCCAGGUUCCAGGGGGUCGGGCAGGGCAGUGCGUGGGAGGACCCGGCUCCGCUCUGGCCCCAGCAGCACCCGGUGGCUCCCUGGCUGCUCCGUGGGAAAAGGGGCCUGGGCCGAAGGAAGAGCUCCACUGUCUUGUGUCUGCUCCUGGGAGACGCCCGGCAGCAGGGCCCUGAGCCUCCCCCCAGCCUGGAGGGGCAGGUCGUGCCGUCGGCCCCGCCCCUGCCAGGGCAGCCAGACAGCAACGCAGGGCGCCAAGCAGCAGGCGCUGACCCCGAGCCGCGGCUGGAGGAGGUGCUGGACACGCUGCAGGAGCAGCUCCAACGCUGCAGCCUGCGGAACCAGGGCUCCAGCUGCACCAGGGACGCCCGGGACUGACCCGCACAUGUGCCCCAGGCCAAGGGACCAAGUGAUCGAUUGACCCUCGCAGUGCUGUGACGGAGCACCCCAUGGCCAGGACACACGGCCCCAGUCCCCUGCAGGCUGCGGGGAGGCAGGUGGGGCCUUGCCGGGGCGUGGCACGCACAGCCCUGCCCACGAAGCUCCCCCUGCCCCAGACAGACGCGGUCCAGGGCUGACCCAGAGCUCCCUGUUUAUUUGGCUUUCGCGAAAGACCCGGCUGCUGUGGAUACGGCGGGAGGGUGGCGGCCCAUCGCCUCGGGGCGCCCCUCGCCCGCUCAGGGGCAGCCCAGCCAGUACCGAGCGAUGGGGCGUGGGUAGCGAGGGCGCACAAAGUCCACACGCUUGCUGCGCACGUUGAGGCGAUAGUACUUGUCUGCGGGAGAGAAGGGCGCGACCGUCAGUCCCCCGGGGAGCAGGGCCCAGGGCUCCGCUCACCCACCCGCAGCCACAGCUCAGAGCAGCAGCAGCUGAAUGGGCCCUGCUGGCCUCCCCGAGCAUCCCACCGAGCAUAGGGACAACCCUGCUCCAGGCUUUGGCCAGAGCCCAGGCUCCGCCAGGGCAGCCUGACUCCUCGUGCCCAGGCCCAGCCUGCUCCGGCUCUCCUCCCCGCCACGCGGUGCCUCUCCACGCCAGCCCCAUCGCUCACGGUCAGGCCGGGCCGAACGGCAGGGCCCUGGGAGAGGGGGGCCAUAAGGGGGCUGUGGGGGCCACAUUGCAAAGCUGAAGCCAAGCCCUGCUGGGGGGCUCGGUCAGGUCAGCUGUGAGAGCAGCUGGGGUGAGCUGAUGGCACUGGGACCCACCUGCCACGAAGAAGUAGACGCUCUGGAUGGGCUGGCACCGGGAGCCCCCUGGCAGCCAGUCAAAGUCCAUGUCCAAGGAGUCGGACUCAUCCUGCAGCCAGUCCCAGACGGUGUGAGCUGCCGGCCGCCGGCUCCUGUACCUCUUGCGGUGUCGGCGGGAUUUCCUCCUUUGAGCCCAGCUGCUAGCCCUCAGGGAGACGUAGAUCCUGCCGGCCAUGGCAGCAUCCAGGUGGUUUGGCACCCCCUUCCAGUCUCUGCUGAUGUACCGUGGUCUACUGGCCCCACCUGGCAGAACAGCACAGGGUGGGCAUGAGGACUGGCUGGCUGCAUCGCUGCCAAGGGUGCGGUGUCCCAUCCGCAGGCAGAGGCUCACCCAGCGGGGAGGCAGCCCCGACCGACCGCAGGCAGCAUCAGGGAGUGGGGUCCCCAGGGCCUCCAGAACAGGGAAGGAAGGGAGCUGGCGCGGGGGAGCAGAGCCGUCCCAAUCCCCAUGACAGGGCAAGGAGCAGGCUGGGAGGAGAGAUGUGAUGGCAGGACCCAGCCUGCCACAAGGGGGCCUGGAGCCUAGCCGUGUUUCCCUCCUCCCCAGCUUUCUGUUCACCUUCACAGCCCGGCAGCACUGGCUCUAGUUAAAACAGACAGCACCUGG